AAAUCUUAUUACGUCAAAAUUUCCCUCUUAGUCUCUUUGACUGAAACUUCUUUUCCUCAAAAAAUGUACGGAAAUGUAACCUUAAAUUCAGACCUAGCUCUACAAAAUCUUCUUGAACCUAAUUGUACUGUCAAUCUUUUCAAUGACAUUAUUGAUCCUUGUCCUCUUUGGACAGACAACUGGGGAGAUCUGCCAUUAAACCUCGACGAUUCAGACGACAUGGUCGUGUACAGCGCUCUACAGGAUGCCCUAGAUAUCGGAUGGGUUCCCCCAACGACGUCGCAUCAACCUGAUCAUACAAACGAUUCAGAGGAUAUGACUGUGUACAGUGAUUUACAGGAUGCCCUAGAUAUCGGAUGGGUGCCCGUGCCACCAACGACGUCGUAUGUACCUGAUAAUAACAACGAUUCAGAGGAUAUGACUGUGUACAGUGAUUUACAGGAUGCCCUAGACAUCGGGUGGAUGCCACCAACGACGUCGUAUCAAGUUGUAGGAAACGCGUCGGAGCAUGGAAGUGGGAGUAAAGCGCCGCCACCGAUGAAAAGUGCAGCGCCGUAUAGAGGAGUGAGGAGGAGACCAUGGGGUAAAUAUGCAGCUGAGAUUAGGGAACCUAAGAUGAAUGGAGCCAGGUUGUGGCUGGGUACUUAUGAUACUCCUCAACAAGCUGCCAUGGCUUAUGACCGUGCUGCUUUUCAAAUUCGUGGUACUAAAGCUAAGCUUAAUUUUCCUCAUUUGGUAGGUUCUGAUGAUUGGGAAUUGCAGUUAUCUAGAUUGAAACUUAAGCGCAGCUCGCCGGAGCUUUCGUCUUCCUCUUCAACUGAUCAUUCUCUGCCACCAAAGAAGAGGAAGCCGUCGCUUGCAAUUGAUGCACCGGCUACUGCUAUAUUGAAUAGCGGAAGUCAAUAAGUGGCAUUGCAGUUGUAUCCAUGUAUAAUUAAAGUUUAAUCGCGUAAAUAUUCAUGUCUUGAAAAAUAUUCUUAAAA